UGUAAUUACGUAAACUAGCUAUCCAUUUUUUUUUUCCAGUUUUGGCCCAUAUAUGGAUUUUAUUUAUUUUCCUUAUAUUAAUAUCCUCCUCCUAUAGAACCCUAAUAUCACAAGCAUCGACCGAACUCAUUCAUAAAAGACGGCGUCAUGGAUAUAGACGAUGAAUACGUAGAAGGUGAAGAGUACCUCAUCAUGGAUCAAAGUGAUAUCAUUAAAGAAAUAGACACUGAUGAAGAAGAGCUUGAGGAUGCUGAUGAUGAAGAAGAUGAAGGCGAAGAUUUUGAUGAUGCUGAUGAAGAAGAACAAGAAGGUUCAAUAGAUGAAGCUGAUGACUCGGUAUACACGUUCACUGGCCAUACCGGUGAAGUAUACACUGCUAGCUGCAGCCCGACAGAUGCUAAAUUGGUGGCAACAGGUGGUGGAGACAAUAGAGGAUUCAUAUGGAAGAUUGGUCAAGGUGAUUCUAGUUUAAAGUUAUUAGAAGAUCACACAGAUUCUGUUUCUAGUUUGGCUUUUAGUUCUGAUGGUCAGUUGCUUGCUUCUGGGAGCGUUGAUGGGCAUAUAAGAGUGUGGGACACAACUUCAGAUAGUCUGAAGGGAAAACUUGAAGGUCCUGGAGGGGAAAUAGAGUGGGUCAGGUGGCAUCCGAGAAGGCAUGUGGUGUUGGCCGGUGCAGAGUAUUCUGCUGUAUUGAUGUGGAAUGAUGGCAUCCAAGAUGACAUGUGGCGCUGGUUUCUACUUUCUGGUCAUGGUGGUAGUGUAACCUCUGGUGGUUUCACGCCUGAUGGUAAAUUUAUUUGUACCGGGUCUGAUGAUGCAACCCUGAGGAUAUGGGACGCAGAGUGUGGCCGAUGUAUCCAUGCUGUAAGAUUGUGGCAAGGUGAUUCUACAACGAAAGGACUAAAUUGCCUGACAAUCAGCUUGGAUUCAACUCGCGCUCUCACAGGCUCAGAGGAUGGUUCUGCUCACAUUGUGAAUAUAAUUACUGGAAAGGUUGUCACUUCUCUGAGUGAGCAUACACAGCGGAUAAUAUGUGCCGGUUUUUCAGCAAGCGGUUCUUGGGCUGCAACCGGAGGCAUGGACAAUAAGCUUAUUAUUUGGGACUUACAUACACCAUCACCUCGCUCAACUUGUGAACAUGAGGCCGGAGUGUUAUGCUUGUUGUGGCUGGGGAAAUCUAGUUAUGUGGCAACGGGUUGUGUUGAUGGGAAGGUGCGUAUAUGGGAUAGCCGUUCUGGAGAAUGCGUGAGGACCUUUAGAGGACACACUAGUGCGAUUCAGUCUCUAUCUGCAUCGUCUGAUGGGAAGCACCUCGUUUCUGCCUCUUAUGAUAAAACAGCACGCGUUUUCAGUAUAGCAGAGCUUAACUAAGAACAACCCUAUUCUUUCUGCAGUUUGAACAAGAUCUAAGUCCCAAUUCAUUUGAAUUGUUUUACAUUUUUAUAUUUAAUCUAGUUUUAGACACAAGGGAAAAUCAUUUGACAAAAUGCUUCUACAUCUCAAACUUUGAACAUUAGGCAUCCUUCUCACUUUCAUUAAAUUUCUUGACA